GAAGUAGCAUUUACCUACGAGUAGCUGAUAGAAAAUGGUUGAAAUCGUUCCAUCGAGAUAUUAAUAUAUUAUACGCUGCUCAUAAUUUAUAGUGUCAGAAGACCACAAAAGACAACCAACUUGCAAUACUCGACGUGUUUGUGCCCGAAGCAAGAAACGGAUUCGAAAACAGAAUUCGAAUGAGUUCACAGUUUGUACUGGUUGGACACAAGAAUGGGUAUCUCCACGACAACUUCGACCGAAUGAUCGUCUAGAAGUGCGAGAUGUGGUUCGGGGUCCAUUUUUCUCACCAAAACUGUUACGAACGCAACCAUACGUUAACAGGUCAUGCCGUGGCAUGAAAGAAGAUAUUAAUUACAACAGACGAGGCAUUCCCGACGCAUGGCGCGAGUAUUUAGCUUCCAGAGGACAUUGCGGUGCAACAGAGGCACGUGUUCUGCAAAAGAAUUUGAUACCUUGUUACGUCAGAUGUCUCGCCACCGACCGUCUCUGGAACGAUCUAGGUUUAGCCUUCGUACAGGGUAUUCCAGAUCCGUGGAAAGAUUUGUUUUGCCUUCAAGGAAACGCUUGCAAGAAAAAGUCUACCCCGCAAAUUGCCAAUAAUUACGAUGCGGACGAUGAAGCAGAAAUGGAAGAUUUUGUUACUAGCUAUUGUAGCUCUGCAAAACAACAUGGAGGUGGUACCAGAGAUCAUCCCUACAUGAUACAAGGUGAAUCGAAUUUGCCAUCGUACGAUGUGAAAACUUUUCGAACGGAGGAGCAUAUUUCGAGCGAUGCAAGAGGUAAGCAAAAUAAAAUUAAUCAAGUAACGGUUGGCCAAAGUCCGAAGUCACCAACUUCUUCGAUAAGGGUGAAGAACGUUGGUACUAUAGCGGAUGGAGCAAACAAAAUUCAGAAAGAGCGCGUUAGAAAUAAACGUGUGGUUGUAAGAGGGAAAUCUUUUGCGCACGGUGAAAAGAAGUUGUCGGCGAAGACAUUAAAUCUCACGGUUACGAAACCAACUGUUAAAGAGAGGAUUGAAACCAAUCUAAUCGAAAAAACAAAUCAGGAUGUAUGCGUAGUUCAGCCUAAAAUGAUGCGAAAUUUCACAUGUUGUAGUUGUAAGUUACAGAAUCUCAUCGAUUCGAAUGUUCAACGUUUUCCCAACUGCACGAGUCUGCUGAAUGAGGUAAACGUGUUGCAGCACGUGCUUUGCAAGAAUUGCGAAGAUGUUUAUCACGGAAAUAAUCCACGGAGACCAGAUCCUGCAACAAAUAUCAUAAACGCCUCCGGACCUAUCCCGAAGUGUUGUUCCAGAAGGCAGAAAAUCGUAGAGUACGGAAAAAUGUGCAAACAUACAAGACUGAAGCUUCGCGGUUGCAUACAGAAGACGAAGCAACAGUUCGACAAUUUUAGUUGUCCGAGGCAAUUGGAAGGGGAGGACGUAAUUGUCAAUCAGGAUCUGAAGCUGGUAUGCUGUCGCUGUGAUUGUCCUUAUCUGAGGAUCGCGUCGCCGAAUCCGAUCGAUCGGAAAACAGACAGCAACGAUAGACAAUCCUGCAGGAUGCAGAAUAAUCGCCGUAUAGGGCCGCGCGAACGCAGACGCAUUUCAAAAUACGUUGCAACGCGGAAACACGGGAGCAAUUGCAACGAUUCCGAGAAUCGUUCGAGAACGCGCGCUGAAAACAAAGCGAACGUUUCUAGACGUGACCUUCAACAGGCGUUACAUUCAAAGGCUGCUAAGCGGUCCGAAGCGUCGAACAAGAAUGUUAAUAACUAUACAAAGUCGGAUGCUGGCAGCAACAACAACUAGAAAGGAGAUAAGAAGAACGAAAAUGGGUGCGUCUAUAUAGGUUUGACCACCAAUGACGAAAAAAAAUCAAAGUGUCCGAGGUAAAGAGACAUCAGAAUGCGAUAUGAUAAGGUUUCAAGAGAUUACGUAUGUGAUAAGUGGCGGCCAGACAAACGUGUCGAUAACUCUGUAAUGACGAUAUUGGUGUCACGGCUCAAGAAAGUUUUGCCGCGAAUACGAUUACUUCGAUACACCAAGUGAAUAAUGCUGUUCCGAUAAGGAAAUUGCAAGGAGGAAGGAGAUGUUGUCACGAUAAUAAACUAUCAAUUAGGAAUUCCGACGAUUUCAAAGGUUCUGGAAGUAGGGAUAAUAAAGGCUAGAGAACAUGAUUUUGUAUCACUCGAAAUCUGCAUAUGUAUUUACUCUAGCAGAACAUAUUAAAUAUUUACAAGGUACCUUUAAAUCUAACAAAACAAA